AUGGAACCCACAACAAAUCUUGCCACGGCGCCCGGAAACGAAACGAAGAAGCUCAUCGGACGAGCGUUCUUUGGCGACACCUUCGACGACCAUGGCGGACUCGAAGCCUUUCAGGACUAUUUCAGAUAUUAUGAAGGUGAAAUCGCCUGGUUGCGAGGUGGCACGCAUCAGAUCGCGGGGAUUGUGACCCAAUCUCACGAAGACGUGGUCACCAUUGCCAAGCUCCUCCGCCAGCAUCCCGACUGUGAAAAGAGCGAGAUCCGACAGAAACUGAGGGCGGUUCAUCACUUUGGUCAUGCUGAGGAUUGGGUUCUCAAUCGAUCCAUCGACCUGUCUCUGAGGCUCUGGCUUCAGAUCAAUGUGCGAGACGACGAAUCCAGCACUGGAGUUCCGCAAGUCCACUGGGAUGAAGACGUCGUGCUGGCCGACUUCCUAGCCGGUCUGUUCCCCGUCGAGGACUGGGAAUUGGGAGCCAAAGAGCGGCGACUGGACCCAUACUUCACUGCGGCCAACAUGGUUCAAUUUUGCCAGCUCAAGGUGGAUUGGACGAACAGCCUGGAGGACCAUCUCCGGCUUGAACGUCGUGAGAAGAAAGAAAAGGUGCUCUGGGUCUACCCGCACAAACAGACUCUCCAAGCUCUGUUAGUCGAAGCCGAGAAAGUGCCAGCCACUGUGCUCAAAGAGACCAUCCAGACCCUAGACCUCCUGUUUCCCUUCUGGGACACCCGGACCAAAACUCUCCUUGAACAAAACGGCCAGACCUUCCACAACAUUUCGGGUCCAAUCGAACAGGGCCGAAGAUUGCACCUUCUCGAUUUUCCCCACUGGAAAGUCCGCCUUCUGGAGGUCUACGAAGAAGUCUUCCAGUCGCCGCCCGUGAGCUGGGCCCAGUUGUGGCACGACCAACGAAACCCGCAACAAUUCUGGACAUUCUGGAUCGCCCUGGUCAUCCUGGCCUUGACACUAGUGUCGACGAUUGCUUCUAUCGUGUCGAUGAUUACGGGCAUCAUCCAAGUGAAACUCGCUCGACAGGCCCUGAGUCUUUCACUGCAGACCAUGUCGUCCAGCUCUCACCGAUUUCAUUCCAGCUCUCUGUGA